AUGUUCAAUCCAGAAUCACUGCAUGAUGCCGUGGAGUGUGAGAAGUUGGAAAUCGUAGAAUCAUUGUUAAAAAAUGGAACUGAUCCGAAUAUUGUCAAUGAAGAAGGCAUGUCACCCAUACAUCUAGUUUGUUAUCGUCCAAGUUUAUGGCAUAAACAAUUUGAUAUCGCUCGACUUCUCAUCCGGUACAAAGCUGAUCUCAACUUAAAAGAUAAAUACGGUAAUAGUCCAAUGAUGAAUUUAUUUCAGCAUGAUCAUGACUAUAAUACAUAUCGCUUGGACAUGUUGAAAUUACUGCUAGAAAAUAACGCAGAAGUUCCAAAUAAUUACAAGACAAAAAAAGACUUAGACAACCAAGAAAAUUCCAAAUUGAUUGAACAGAUUGAUAUGUUAAUUAAAAAUUCGAAUGGUUUAAGUUUUUACAGUUUUCCAAAUGAGUCUCCUCUACAUUUAGCUGUUCAUUUCAGAGCUUUAGAAAUUGUUGAACUUCUUCUGAAAACUGGUAUAGAUUCGGAUCAGUUCGACGAUGAACGCACGACACCUUUGAAUAGAAUAUGUAACUUGCCAAAAUUAACAGACGUCGAUUUGAAAAUGAUUCGACUUCUUAUUAAGUUCAAAGCCGAUGUUAAUAAAAAAGAAGAUGAUGAACAUUUCAUACACUAUUCAGAUUCUAUAAAGAGCCCAGUUGGAAAUACUCCUAUGAUAAACCUAUUUCAUUAUAAAGAAGAUUAUGAAUUGCGUAAGGAAGCUUUAAAAUUAUUGCUGGAUGGAAACGCCGAUUUUACCCUUUCUGGUCGUGGAGGCGAUACAGUACUGGACGUUCUCCUUCAAAACGAACUGAAUACAAAAAUUAUCGAAGUAAUUGAAUUGUUGAUAAAAUACGGAAUGGAUUUGAAUAAAGUAAAUAAAAAUGGCACGACUCCAUUGUACUAUCCUCUUUUUGAACGAGAAACGGAAAAAGUUGAAGUUCUAUUGAAAAAAGGGGCGGAUCCAAAUGUUUGUUGUUUCAAUUCUUUGUCACCUUUGAAUUUUAUCUGUGUGGCAAGUGAUUUAACAUGUGCCGAUUUGAAUAUGAUUAAACUUCUCAUACAGUAUAAAGCCGAUGUUAAUAUUGAAGAUGAUAAUGGUUACAGUCCUGCGAUAAACCUAUAUUACGUCUCACAUUAUCGUAGGAGUCCAUGGGAUAAAAAUGAUCACACUCAUCGUGAAUCGGAAGAUCACUUAUAUCGUAAGCAAGUGUUCGAAUUACUCAAAGAAAAUAACGCAGAUCUCACCGAUCUUGACUGGGACGGCGAAUGUAUCACAUGUAAAUAA